CAAGCAAGCAUACUGCAGGGCCCGUAAUAGAACAACUGGGCCCCCUUCUCCAGUCGGAGAGUGUUCUUCCCUAGUCCCCAGGUCCUCUGCCGCAGGCUCCUCCUCCAUUGACAUCAGAGCCGCAGGCGGGCUGAGGGAGCGGAGCCCCAGCCGAGCGCCAGCGACUGAACAGGCAAACUGACCAGGCACAGACGCGGCAGGAGCUCCGCACCAGCUACCUCGGCCCUCGCAGCCAGCCCCGAGGCGGGGCAGCCACAGUUUCCGAGAUUUCUCACAAGAUACAUGGGGAGAGAACCCACCCUCUCUUGGAAGAUGAGACGGAGCUCUCUAGGGAAAGGUCCAAGAUAGGUCCCUUUCAAGAGGGGACAGACAGGAGCCCUGGCUGUGGCUGGGGGGCAGUGGGCCAUGCCAGGGGCAGUGGAAGGCCCCAGGUGGAAGCAGGCAGAAGACAUUAGGGAUAUUUAUGACUUCAGAGAUGUUCUGGGCACGGGCGCCUUCUCAGAAGUGAUCCUGGCAGAGGACAAGAGGACUCAGAAACUGGUGGCCAUCAAAUGCAUUGCCAAGAAGGCCCUGGAGGGCAAAGAAGGCAGCAUGGAGAACGAGAUUGCCGUCUUACACAAGAUCAAGCACCCCAACAUUGUAGCCCUGGAUGACAUCUAUGAGAGUGGGGGCCACCUCUACCUCAUCAUGCAGCUGGUUUCAGGUGGAGAGCUGUUUGACCGAAUUGUGGAGAAAGGAUUCUACACAGAACGGGAUGCCAGCCGCCUUAUCUUCCAGGUGCUGGAUGCUGUCAAGUACCUACACGACCUGGGCAUUGUGCACCGGGAUCUCAAGCCAGAGAACCUGCUGUACUACAGUCUGGAUGAAGACUCCAAAAUCAUGAUCUCCGACUUUGGCCUCUCCAAGAUGGAGGACCCUGGCAGUGUGCUCUCCACAGCCUGUGGGACUCCAGGAUACGUGGCCCCUGAGGUCCUUGCCCAGAAGCCCUACAGCAAGGCCGUGGACUGCUGGUCCAUAGGAGUCAUUGCCUAUAUACUGCUCUGUGGCUACCCGCCCUUUUAUGAUGAAAAUGAUGCCAAACUCUUUGAACAGAUUUUGAAGGCCGAGUAUGAGUUUGACUCUCCUUACUGGGACGACAUCUCUGACUCUGGCAGGGUCAUGCUGUAUCUCUGUUUUUCUCCUGGGGCUCCAGCCAAAGAUUUCAUACGACAUUUGAUGGAGAAAGACCCGGAGAAGAGGUUCACCUGCGAGCAGGCCUUGCAGCACCCGUGGAUUGCAGGAGAUACAGCACUGGACAAGAACAUCCACCAGUCAGUGAGUGAGCAGAUCAAGAAGAACUUUGCCAAGAGCAAGUGGAAGCAAGCUUUCAAUGCUACUGCUGUGGUUCGGCACAUGAGGAAGCUGCAGCUGGGCACCAGCCAGGAGGGGCAGGGACAGACUGCUAGCCACGGAGAGCUGCUGACACCAACAGCUGGGGGGCCAGCAGCUGGCUGCUGCUGCAGAGACUGCUGUGUGGAGCCAGGCUCGGACCUGCCCCCUGCACCACCCCCAAGCUCUCGGGCCAUGGACUGAACAUCAAGGAAGUCAGGGUUUCUUCCAUGGAAGGGGUUGGAGGCAGCCUUCCUCCUCACCCCAAAACUGGGGAGUUCCUGACCCCAUACCUCUUCACCCCUCCCCUCUCACUCUUCACUGCAUUUUCCAUACAAAUGUUUCUAUUUUAUUGUUCCUUCUUAUAAUAAAGGGAAGAUAAAACAAGACA